AUGGUCGCUUCAAGUAUUGUUUCUUCUCUCCGGGUCCUUCUAUUCGGGGGUUUAAGUUUUGUCGACUCCGUUAUAUGCGUUGAUGGGUCUUUCUUGAAGACUAGGUAUGGUGGGCAAAUGUUGUGUGCAGUGGCUUUGGAUGCAGGGAGUCAUAUCUUUCCGAUAGCUUUUGCUAUAGUUGACAGUGAAAACCACAAUUCCUGGACCUAUUUUAUGAGAAAAUUGAAAGAAACGAUUGGUGAUGUUGAGAACUUAGCUUUUGUUUCGGAUAGGCAUCAAAGUAUUGUUCGUGCUUUGGAUAUCGUGUUCCCUGAUGCACACCACGGUGCAUGCUACCACCACAUUAUUAUGAACGUGAACCACAAGUUCAAGACUGACGUCUUCACGAAUCACAUUUACACGUGUGCGUACACGUAUUCAAGAUCAGAGUUUCACAGAGAAUUUGAGAACAUUCGGGCCAUGAAUCCAGCGGUUGCAAAAUAUCUUGAGGAAAUCGGAUUUGAAAAAUGGGUUCGGUCGUACUUUCCAGGGGUACGUUACAAUGUAAUGACGAGCAACUGGGCUGAGAGCUUCAACAACACAACUAAGGAUGCAAGAGGCUUCCCGAUCACUGCUGCUGUAGCAUUCCUGAGGUCCAAAGUCCAGAAGUGGUUUGCUUCACGAAAAGAAAAAGCUGACAAGUGGACGAAACCCCUAGCACCAGAAAUGGAGGAGGACUUGGCAUUGCAUUUUGAAAAAGGUCAGUUUUUGAACGUUGACUCAUGCGGGCCUCACACGUUGCAGGUUCACCCUGGAAGAACAGUUCUCACCGGUGGCGUAGUGGACUUGCAGGAAAAGAGUUGCACUUGCGGCUUGUUCCAGUGCAUGAAGUUUCCUUGUCCUCAUGCAUGUGCUGCAUCUCAGGAGCGAAGUAUUAGCGUGUACACACUAUGCUCGCCAUAUUACACAACCGAAUAUUGGAGGAGAACAUACGAAGUGUUCAAACAUCAUUUACAGGUAACUAAGUGUUCAAAUGGGCAAAAUACAUUGAGGGGUGUAAACGGUAAAUUGGUCCCGUCUCGAUGUAAAUCAUCUAUAUAGAGGAUCUCUAAAUCACAUUAAGAUUAUAACAAUGGUUAAAUGAGAUAGCAUAUUGAUAUCGUGAAACAUAUGAUAUGCUCUAUAUAAGUCUGAGAGUGCAAUUCCAAGUUCUAAGAGUGGAUUCAACGAGGAAUUAAUAAGUUAGGGAUUUACUUGGUAAAUCGGUUCAACUUAUUGGAAGCUCAGAAUAUAGAUCCAUGGUCCCCAUUCUAGUUGAGAUUAUACUGUUUGUAGGACUCUAUAAUUGAUUUAUGAUUAAUCAAUUAUAAUUCUAAAAGUUAGACUAUGUCUAAUUUGUGAAUUCUCACAGUUUAGGGAUGAAAUUGUAAAUAAGAGGGUUUCUAGGUUUAAUUAUUAAUUAUGAGACUUUGCAUGUCUAAAUUAAUAAUUAAUUUUAAAUGGCAAUAUUAUUUAAUAAUCUAUUUUAGUUAUUAAAUAAUUGGUUUUGGCAUUUAAAUGAUUAGAAUUGGAAAAA